CGGGACGCUGCCGAUCGUCUCCGCCUGGUAGUCCCCCAAGACCUCCAAGAGGAUAUUCUGCACCACUGUCACGCAGACCUCCAAGGCGCUCACCAGGGUAUCAUCCUGACCUACGAGAGAUUGCGCAAAGAAUUCUACUGGAUUGGGAUGUUCAAGGACACGGAGCGAUACGCCAAAGAGUGCGUGGAUUGCGUCACGGCUAAGGGCCCUGGGAACACAGUGCUACUUCUGUUCCAGUGUGCGUUCUCAGGGUUCAUCAUGUGUAAAGCCAUGGCAAGUACUGAAGCCCAAGAUGUGGCCGAAGCCUACGAAGAAUGCGUGUUCCGUAGGUUAGGAGCCAGCGAAAUGAUUCGCCACGACCGAGACCCACGAUUCAUGGGUCGGGUGUUCAAACACUUCCGGGAGAUGCUUGGGAGCAGACAACGCGCGACCCUGGCCUACCGCCCCCAGGCCAACGGACAACAGGAGAGGUCAGUGCAGACAACGUUUUUGCCCCAGCAAAAGUUGUUCUGUUAG